AUGCGUGCCAGCGUUCUUCUCCCGCAGUUCUUCCUCCCGCCAUCUGCUAUUAAGCUGGGACGUUUUGUCACCAAUAUUGAUGAGCCCCACCGAGAUUACCAUGAUCCAGUACUAGGCCAGGGUCUCAAUAUUAUUGAGAAAGUUGCAAGGCAGUACGACGGUGCCGACUCUCUUGGGACCCAACGUACAUUUGGUUCUGAACUUACCGCCUUCCUGUCCUCCUCCAUGUCAAGCCGUACGAAUGCCAGGAUCCACGUCACUACCAAGCAAGUGAAGACCUAUUAUUUGGACAACAAUGGACAGUGGUUUCGGGAUAUUGUGAAAUCAGAAGAUGUCCGGAAGUGGAUUGAGCGUACUAUCGAUGAGGGGGAGGACAUAUAUGUUGUGGUUGGCUACCAUACUGUAUUAGAUGCUCGAAUUGCCGAGCAGGCACUGGAAGAGAAGCUUUUGGAUGGAAAGCUGGCUGUUUCACUUUCGAGUGCAUUGGCGGCAUCAGGGGUUGUUGUGCCAUUUGGUGAACUUGUUGAUCCUAGACUAGUCGGGUCUAGUGGACGUGCCGAAGACUUGCAAAGGCAGUUUGUGGCCCAAGGCGAGCAAAUCAUCGCGGUGCAAUAUCGCAAGGUCCGCUUUCGGUUUCUAUCAAGCAAAAGCGUUGACAAUGCGACGCUAGCAAAAGAGGCGAGAUGGGAGAGAUAUGACCGCCCUCGUUAUCUUCAGAGCUGUAUGGAAGACAUCAUGGAGGUCGCACUGGAUGAUGAUGAUUUCUCACUUGAAGGUGAUCGUGACAAGUAUAUAGCAGGAUCGGAGGAAAUCGUGUUUUCGAACGUUGAUCGGCACGUGCGAGGGGCUUUGACCUAUCAACGCGCUAUGGCCAUUGGCACUAUGCUACUUAAAAUAAGCCAGCCUGACAGCGAAUUAGGCACCGAAUUGGGCAGCAAAGCCAACUCCCCUCUCUCCACAACCUAG